AUGCCUUCUCCAUUUACCCUUUUCCUGGGACUAGCUACACUGCUGUUCGGCGUCUUCGUCUCUCGAUCACCGUUCAUGAUGGCCACAGCUCCAAUUUCCGGAUCCAAGCCCUGGGCAGAUCAGCCCAUGAAACUUGUUGCUACUCCCCAGUACGAGACCAAGAAGACGGAUCUUUUUAGCACAGGAGCUACGCAUAUGGCCCUGUUGCACAAUUCCAUCUUCAGAGGAUACAACAGCAUCUAUCUACAAGCACCACACGUCCAAGAUGCGGACAAGGCCGACUUUAUCGGCUACGCCUUGACUUGGUUUAAGUUCGUCAAGUCACACCACGAUGACGAGGAGGAGUCCCUGUUCACCAAGGUCGAGGAGCUUCUGGAUGACAAGAAUGUCUUUGAAGAGACGCAUAAGGAGCACGAGUCCUUCCUUCCUGGCCUCGCCGAGUUCAACAAGUACCUACUCUCCGUCCAACCCAACCCACAGUCUCUUGACUCGACCGAACUCUUACGCAUCAUGGACGGGUUCCACGCCAACUUCGAGAACCACUUCCAUUCCGAGAUCAAGACGAUUGCGAACCUAGCAUCGCACCCGAACGCGCCCGCGCCCGACACACCCGCGGCCGCCGAGGCAUCGAACACCUUUAAGACGUGGGGCAAGAGCACGGUGACCAAGGCCGGUACGACGGACGUGGUCCCCUUCUUCCUGCUGAACCUGGACCGAUCCACGCAGUUCGAGGAGGGCCAGUGGGCAAACUGGCCGCCCAUCCCCGCGCCUAUCAAGUGGGGGCUGAUCAACAUCGGCGGCUGGAUCAACGGCAACUACUGGAAGUUCUCGAGCUGCGACGCCUCUGGCGCCAGGAGGGAGCUGUACGCCCUGCAGAACGAGAAGGCCAAGGCCUAG